AUGGUUUUGUUGACUUCCUCCCAAGUAUCCGUGGCGCUUUCUUCGCUCAUCAUUCUAUCCUUCACCACAGCCCUCUUCCUCAGUGGCUACGUUAUUCAGCAGCGCACGCUGCGAGACCUGCGCAAAGCCAUUAGACCAGACCCUCGGCCGAGCCCAAAAAUCUAUCUCCCGGACCGGUUCAAGCAGUCAACCACGGAGCUAGAAGAUGGGACGGUGGUCAAUAUAGAGAAUCACGACGAUGCGCCCAGUGGCAAUGCCGCGCAGCAAAAAAAGGGUGACUUUGUGAUUGAGGUGCGCCCUUCGGUGCCCGAGGACGUAUCGCAAAAGCCGCUCAAUGAGAAGGAGAGCCACAGUGACUCGGACAAGGGCCAAAGCAAAUCAGACCAAAAUGGCAAGAAGAAGAGCGACAAUACCAAACAGCAAGCGGAAGAGGAAGAGCCUAUAAGCAGAGCCGAGAGGAGACGACGCAUCAAGGAGGAGAUCCGGGAACUGUCACAGGGCGAGACACCUCUAUAUUACCAGCGACGAUUGUGGUAA